CAAAUUGACACAAAAGAAGAAAAAAAAUGAACUGAAAAUUGAACACCUUCAAGAGCCAAAAACAUUAAAACCAAGCUAUUUAGUAAAGAAUCAAAAUUCCAAGAAAAUAAAGGAGAUAGUUGAAAGACUUUUAGCAAAAUUGAAGACAAUUGAUUCAUCAUUAGCCGAAAACUGGCUUCAAUUUUUUAACAAUUGUGAUUGUGAUAUUGAAACUAUUCAACCGAUUAUUGACUAUCUUGAUAACUUUAUUCAUUUAAAAUCAAUCUAUUUAGUAAAGAAUCAAAAUUCCAAGAAAAUAAAUAAGUUAGAGAUUGAAAGACUUUUAGCAAAAUUGAAGACAUUCGAUUAA